GGGAAGAGAACAGUGUACGUGCCGUGGAGCAGUUCGUCGCCGUAGAAGGGUUCCGUUCAGUGGAGGGAAUUUGCGUUGAAAAACAAUGACGGAACGGUGGCACUUGAACAGCGGUGCGAGAAGUGGCAUGGGAGGUAGUAGCGCGGAUGAUAGUGCACCCAGCAACGGCAUUGGCAACGGGUCCGGUUUGGUCGGCAGUUUAGGGGGAAGAGGCAGUCCCGUCGGUGCCGCAACAGGAGCGAUUGGCGGAGCACACUCGUUCGGCGCAGCUAACGGAGAGUCGGGCAUUCUGCGUAAAACGGGACACUUCCAUCAGCAUGGUGCUCAAGAGAAAUUUGGCGAUCUGCUUGUGUUUGGCUACUCGUGCAAGAUCUUCCGUGACAACGAAAGGGCACGGUACAUCGAUCAGGGCCGACAUCUGAUCCCAUGGAUGGGCGACAAUCAGUUGAAGAUAGACAGAUAUGAUGCCCGCGGUGCGUUACACGAUCUCACUCCGUAUGAACCACCGUCCGGAGGCUACCAGGAUCGAUUGGAAGGUCUUUCGCCGGCGGAGCAGAAAGCGGAACGCCUGUGUGAAAACGAACGCUACUACAGUCUCUACAAAAAUGAAGUCGAGGAGGAGAUGUAUCAGGAAGAAACUUUGAAACGGGAGACGAGACUCGGUAACCAGAUAGCCUUCAACUACGAUGCACCACCGGCGGAAGCUGCUACCGUGGCGACGGUCGCGGAACGUUCGGCCAGCGACGAUCAGGAAGACGAUCCAUACGUACUGCCAGCCAACUUCGAAGUACCAUCCGACAUUCCUCUUCCGGAAUCGAUGAAAGAGCACGCGAUUAUCGAGAAAACGGCCAAGUUCAUCGCAUCGCAGGACGUCCAAAUGGAGAUUCUGCUCAAAACAAAACAGUCCAACAAUCCUCAGUUUAAUUUUCUCAACCAAAGUAGCCAUCUGUUUCGCUACUAUCGGCAUGUUUUGUUGGCAUUCCGAACCAAUCAAUAUCCGUGCAUUGUCGAGCAGCAGGAUGAGACGGAAAGACAGAAUGCAGAAGUAGCACCGGAGGGCGGUGACCUCGACCGAGAUGGUGACGUGACUGGUGUUAGACCUGUGAUCGUUGUCCCGACAAUUAAGUACAAACCUUCGGUCGACUGUGCGUACACACAGCUGAUCAGUAAAAUCACGGGCGCACCGAUACCGACAGUGUCGGAUAGCCCUGAAACGAUCGAAGGACCCGCACCCGAGGCUACUCAGUCGGCCACAUUGCUUUCGAAUGAGAGUGAGAGGUGUGUAGUUAGCUCGGAGCCGGCCACAUGUGUGGAGGUGAAAUCAGUGUCUACCGGGCUGGCCGGCUUGGUGCAGUACGAUUCCGGAAGCAGCGAUGAAGAAACUUGCGAUGCGUCAAAGCGAAAGUCCUUCGAAACUGGGGAAAAAAAUGAAACCGAGCCAUUGCUUCCUUUCACUGCAGCAGUUCCCGCGUUAGCCGUUCAGCACGUAAUCGAUCGGACGGCCAUAUAUGUAGCGAAAAAUGGUUACAGCUUCGAGGAAGCACUACGGGCAAAGAACGAUCCUCGUUUCGUGUUUCUUAACCAAGCGCAUGAGUUUUACCCGUACUAUGCGUACUGCGUGCGGCAACGGAUGAACGCGAAUGAUGGUGAAUCUGCGUCGACGCUGCCGACCAGUUCACCGCCUAAAGCGACGGUUGUCAGGAUGGAAACCGAAAAUGGAACCGUAGUGGAAACGACGCCAAGUUUGGGGAUCAAAACAGUCCAUACGGCAGCUCCCAAGACGGUUGCUGCUCCGGUGAGUAAGAUUCAACAUCAAAAGCUGGGAGCUCCGGUUAGCUUUUCGCUUCCUCGCAAAGCAAAAGAUGACGCCGGAAGCAAGGUGCUGGCGAGUGAUGACGACGAAGAGGAAGCUGUGAAAGAAACCGAAUCACAGGAACACGUUAGCGACGGCCUAAACAUUGCUCAAGCAGAAGAUGAGCUUACGAAUAAUCCACUGUGCGAGGGAGCCUCACCAACAUCUACCACAAUUGUUAACUCAAACAAUGAAGUUGUCGAUGACACCCAAGGGGACGCAUGCACACAGGACGUGCAUGAAACGAAGGCUUCCAUCCAAACCGAUCCCAUCGGGGCAGUAGAAAAUCAUGCCACGGAACAGGAACCGAUGGUCUCUAAGGAAAAACAAGCGGAACGCAAGAAACGCGCUAGCAUGUUUGUGAAUCUUAUCAAGCACGCGGAUCAGAAGACGCCGGUCUCUGCCACCGUAGUAGAGGCAGAGCACACCCCAGAUACGAAAUCACCUACGCCCGAUGGUGACGGUAUCAAUGACGUGGAUGAAGGAUCGAUUCAUUCGGUACACUCAACGAGCGAAUCGCCGAAGGACCAGAGAUUCAACACCAUCAUGACGGUGAUCGACGAUGACGAUGAUGAUGUGGUGUUAGUAAGCGAAACGCGACUCGCUCCCCGACGAUCUCGUUCACGGUUGAUGCGCUCGUGUUCGCGAGGAAGCCACGGGGCCAAAGUGGAAGGAUCGUGCAAUCACGAUAGUAACGGAAGCCGGCGAUCGAAGAAGAAAAAGUCCAAAAGCCGGCAUCGAUCGCGGGACGGGGGAAAUCGGGGGAAAUCGAAAAAGAAAUCAAAGAAAAAGUCACUCUCUCGUUCACGAUCUCGUGAACGAUCACGCAGCAAGCGUGGUCGAAGUCGAAGCCGACGAAGUCCGAGUAAGUCUCCCAGCAACAAACGACAAAGUCGCAGUCGUAGCCGGAAGCGGUCACGCAGCCGGAACAGCAGUCGUAAUACUUGCGUGAAACGAUCGCGUAUGCAGAGAGGCAAUUCGAGUCCAUCUGCGUCUAGCGCACACUCCCAAUCGCGAUCCCGUUCGAAAGGUAAACGAUCGGAAAAUCGACGCACAAAGGACGAGCGAUCGAGUCGCGUAAAAAAACACAGACAAACGAAAGACCGAUCGAACAGUCGGGUUUCGCACGGAAGGAGUGAUAGCGAUUCGGAUGGCCGAUACCGCAGGCGACAACAUGAGAAAAAGGAGCGAGACAAAAAGGGCCAUGAUGAUCGGUAUCCUCCUCCGUCCAGAACGAGAUACUGGGAUUGCUGAACGGUCACGCCACAUCGCCACGAAUCAUAUCGACGAGCAAGGAUCAGCGAUUCCGAUGGUGGAUAACGGACCGAGAGUACAAUCGAUGCACAUCGGUGCUCUGCCUGCAACAUUGGAAUUGAUGAGAAAAUUGAACUGUUUAAUAAAAUGUAUUUUAAUGAAC